AUGAAGGCGCCGCUGCAGCUUGACUUUGCAAAGAGCCCGCGCAACAAGGUCUGGGCCGUCAACAACGACCCCGCGCGACUCGACGAUGUGUACAACCGCCUUCUGGGGCCGGGAGGCAGCAAGAUGCUUCCGGAGGAGCUCAAGUGGCUGGCCGUGACGCACAAGAGCUUUGACCAGGGCCGGAGAGGGUUCAAUGACCGAUUGGCACUGCUGGGCCGGUUGACCAUGGUGAUGGAGGCGACAAAGGAAAUCGUCAGCAAGGAGCCCCUCGCGGGCUCAAUACUGCCCGACCAGUUCGACAGACAGCCGCUCAACGACGCGCAGCUGCUGGCCGUGGACAACCUCAACGUCAUGGGGCCGCGCGACGUCAUGGGCAAGGACAAGCUCUACCAGCUGGCCAACAAGGUGGGAUUGCUGGAGGUGGUGCGGUGGAAGCCCCGACUGCCCAAACGGCUCGAGUCCUCGGGCGUGGAAGUCGUCCUCAGCUCGGCCAUCAUGGCCAUUGUCGGCGCCAUCACCCUGCAGCAUGGAGCUGCUGUGGCGGCGCAGGUGGUGAGGGAGAGGAUACUGGCGCAGGUUCCCAAGGACAACUGA